AUGACUAAGCGGUCGCUGUCCCAGGAACCCGGAUUUACCCUGACGGUGCCGCAGUCGGUGUCGGUGCAGGAGGGUCUCUGCGUUCUCGUCCCCUGCACCUUCACGUACCCAACCAAGUAUGACACCGACAAUCCCUCGGCCCAGCUCUACGGAAAGUGGUACAAGGAGCCUGCUACUGUGGGCCAGGAUCCUCCCGUGGCCAUCAAUGCCCCCAGCUUUUGGGUAUUGAAUAAGACCCAGGGCCGGUUCCAGCUGAUGGGGGAUCCAGUGCGCGGCGACUGCUCCCUGCAAAUCAGUGAUGCCCGACGGACGGAUGCGGGGAGUUAUUUCUUUAGCUUCGACAAAGGCCUGUUAGAACACACUUACCGCUCCAAUCCCGAUGGCGCUGACCCUGCGCUCACGAUCUCCGUGCCAGGGCUGACGGAGGAGCCAGAGAUCCAGAUUUCGCCAGCGCGGGGGCUGCCAGGGACGCUGCUGGCCGGGGAGCCAGUGACUGUGACCUGCACGGCCCCUGGGCGCUGCUCCGGGCCCCCUCCCCGAGUCACCUGGAUGGGGCCGUUCAACGACACAGCCCGGAAUGUCUCAGCCCAGCUGGCGAACGGCACCUGGGCCCACAGCUCCGCGCUCAACUUCACGCCCGGCCUGGCGGACGAUGGCAAAGAGCUCGUCUGCAAUGUCACCUACAGGCCACCACGGGGACCUUCCACCCACAGAACCGUCCGGCUCAACAUCAGCAACCCAACCAGGCCCCCCAACACGACUGGUAACCAGACCAGCAACAGACACCCCGGUUCAGAGGAGACUGUCAAGCGGGUGAUCAUCGGGAUGGCCUGUGGGCUGGUGGUCCUCAUUGGCUUACUCCUUCUUGGGCUCUAUGUGAUCAAACUGCGGGGCCGGGCACUGGCGCCCCCCAGCCCCGAGGUCGGGGAGACAGCCAACGAGGCCACCGUGAUCUACAGUACCGUCACCAGCAUCCCCAUGCAUCACAAGACUCCAGCCGCCCGCCGGACCAAAGGCAUCCAGGACAGGGCUGCAGCAGCACAGGCCCCGCUAGGCCCCGGGAAGCUGGAAGAGCUGCACUACGCCUCCGUCGAAUUCUCCAAGCUGCAGCGCAAAGUGGGGGAGCCUUCAGAGGCCCCAGGCACGGAAUAUUGUGAGGUCCGGCGCAAAUAG